AUGCUCUCUGUACGACCGGCGGCUGUCACCACGCUCAAGAAAGUGUUGGAUUUUGGAAGCUGCCAGGAAAAUCACUACAAAUUCAAGCUGAAGCACGGAGCACUCAUUGGUGAGACUAAAGAUCAUGCCAUAUCAUGCCAGGAGGCUUGUAUGCUCUGCCUCCUAGUGAUCGACAUGCUUCGGAAGGAUAUGUCAAGUGAGUAUAUUUUGGGUCGGUCCAAUGGAUUUGGCAAGCAACUUAGUCAAAAAUCCCGCUGUACAAGUUCCAACGGUGAUGUUACUUCUAGUUGGCAUGAUGUGGUUCGAUUGAAGGCUUCUAAUAAACGAGGAGCAGUUGUGGGGCCAAUCUCAGCCGCGCGCUACUUUCCCGCUAGACUGAAAAUGGGCAACAGCGGGAGGACGAGAGUGCAACUACAUACCUGGUGCUCUGGCGUCGACAACCAUCCCCGCGAACAUUCAUACUACGUCUUCUGA